UCACCAAAUUUAUUAUUUAAUUUUUCAACAUAUAAUGUACUCAAUAUUAAUUGCAGGGGGUCGUGUCGGCUUCCACCAGGCAAAGACCAUCACCGAUCUGUAUCUAUAUAUCCCACACAUCUGGUUUUGGAGCUCAGAUUGAUCCCCAAUUGUAGUUGGUAAUAUCAUUCCGAAUUUUGAGGUUAAAGAUAAGGAGGGUUAGGAGGAUAUUGUGUAUUGCGUGAAGUUGUUCAUGCUUUUUGGGUGAUCUUGCGUAUUAAGACUACAAAGACGUUAAAGUCCUCGAGAAGAGCCAAAACUUUUUUGCUGCAUUUAAGGGAGAAAGGAGUGAACAACGUCAUACUUGUUUUCAAGGGUUUUUGACUAGGGGCAUAAAAUUCCUCUGUUUAGCCUCCUAGUUAUAUUUGCAAAGCCUUGAUCUGAUUUCGUACAUAGUUGUCUGUUGGUUCAUCAACAAAGAUUGGCAAUCUCCUUGCGGAGAAGUUUUUGACAUACUGAGUGUCAGAUCUGAAGAUUGAAAGUUUAAAUUGUGAACUCAGACCGACUGUUAUAGUAAUGGCCAAUACUGCCAAUAAUUUCUCUGGACAGGGUCGCUCAGGGGCCCCAAAUGAUGCUUUGUUUAAGGAACUGUGGCAUGCCUGUGCUGGACCACUUGUCACUGUUCCUCGUGAAGGAGAACGGGUUUAUUAUUUCCUGCAAGGUCAUAUGGAACAGCUUGAAGCAUCCACACAUCAGGUCUCAGAUCAAAAACUCCCGUUGUUCGACUUACCAGCUAAAAUACUCUGUAAAGUCGUGAAUGUUCAGCUACGAGCUGAACCAGAAUCAGAUGAGGUUUAUGCACAAAUAACAUUGCUACCUGAAAAAGACCAAGGUGAGGUUGAUAGCCCAGAUCCUCCACUGCCAGAACCUACGAAAUGCACUGUUCAUUCAUUUUGCAAGACACUCACAGCCUCGGACACAAGCACCCACGGUGGAUUUUCUGUUCUUCGCAGGCAUGCGGAUGACUGUUUACCCCCAUUGGAUAUGUCCCAGCAACCACCCUGGCAAGAACUGGUUGCUACUGAUCUUCAUGGCAGUGAGUGGCAUUUUCGGCACAUAUUUCGAGGGCAACCCCGGCGCCAUUUACUUACCACAGGGUGGAGUGUCUUUGUUAGUGCAAAGAAGUUGGUCGCUGGUGAUGCUUUCAUCUUUUUAAGGGGUGAAAGUGGGGAGCUGCGUGUUGGUGUGAGGCGACAUAUGAGACAGCUAAACAAUAUGCCAUCUUCUGUCAUAUCUAGCCACAGCAUGCAUCUGGGUGUUCUUGCUACUGCAUCUCAUGCAAUUGCAACAGGAACCUUCUUUUCCGUUUUCUAUAAACCAAGAACAAGCCGAUCUGAGUUUAUUGUAACUUUGAACAAAUACCUUGAAGCUCGAAGUCAGAAGCUCUCUGUCGGUAUGAGGUUUAAGAUGAGAUUUGAGGGUGAGGAAGUUCCUGAAAGGAGGUUCAGUGGAACAAUAGUUGGUGUUGGUGACAAUACAACAUCAAGAUGGAAUGAUUCCGAAUGGAGAUCCCUAAAGGUUCAAUGGGAUGAACCUUCAUCAAUUUUGCGACCAGAUAGAGUUUCACCAUGGGAACUAGAGCCACUUGUUGCAACUACUCCAUCAAAUUCACAACCUGUUGCUAGAAAUAAGCGGCCUCGGCCACCGACUUUACCUGCUCAAAUGCCAGAUCUCUCUGCUCUUGGAAUGUGGAAACCACCUGCAGAACAGCCUCCAACUUUUGGUGGAUAUAGUGAUUCGCCUCGAGGGCCAGACCUCUUUUUAUCUCCCAAAUUCUCAUCUAACACCAAGGAUAGCUCUAUCAGCUACACUGAUAAUGGUCCCAUGUCUCUGGCUUCUAGCAAGUCCAUGCAUUGGUCCAAACAAGCUGAAGCUGGCAAAGGCUCUUUUGCUUCUCUUCUUAGCAAGGAUACCGGUGAAACUAGACAGGGGAAUGGUUACAGGCUAUUUGGAAUCGAGUUACUUGACCACAACACAGAAAAAUCGUCGCCAAUGGUUGUGUCUGGAGCUGCAGUUGAAGAUCAGUCCAUUCCGUCUUUGGAUGCUGAAUCUGACCAGCAAUCAGUACCGUCCGAUGUUGAUCUGUUGGAUCAUCCCACAAUUUGCUGUGAUCCUGAAAAGUCAUGUUUAAGAACCCCACAGGAGUCACAUAUUAAGCAAACACGGAGUUGCACAAAGGUUCACAUGCAAGGAAUUGCUGUUGGGAGGGCAGUAGAUUUGACACGGUUUAAUGGGUACGCUGAUCUUCGGAGGAAACUGGAAGAGAUGUUUGAGAUAGAAGGUGAACUAUGUGGACCGGCAAAGAGAUGGAAGGUUGUUUACACUGAUGACGAGAAUGACAUGAUGAUGGUUGGUGAUGAUCCUUGGCAUGAAUUCUGUAGCAUGGCGAGGAAGAUCUGUAUAUACACAACUGAGGAAGUAAAGUGUCUAUCACCGAAGAUAAAACAUAUGGUCAGUGAAGAAGCUAGACCUGAUAAAACAGUUCCAGAUCCUGACAUUGGAACCGAGGAGCAGUCAUCAAAUGCUGGACCCAGUUGCUGAGGUGCCUAUGCUUGUGAGAAAUCAGGAAACAGUUUUGGUUCAGGACUUUUCAUAAAUAGAUAACCAUCUGUGAUUUUGUUUCAAGCAGUUGGUGAUGCUAGUCAUGAGAAUCUGCUGGCACAGUUGGUUCAGUGGCAACACACGAGAUAUGUAGUGUUUCAAGAUACAAGGACCGGGUAGUCUUGGUAUCUAGUGGACAGGUGCUCUAAGGACAACUCUUGCAGUAAUAUUAUCCUUAUGUUUUCAUCAAGAAAAUCAUAUUCCAGAUUGCGUUUAUGGUCCCUCGGCUCCCUCGGCUGAAGAAGUUUCCAUGUUCUAUAUAUUGUCUAUGCGGAGCUAAGAAGCAUUUUACCCUAAUGGUACUGUUUGUAUUUUGUGGGUGCAAUGUUUUUAUUGUAAGCAAAUGACAAGAUCAGUGCAGCUUUUGUAUAUAAAGUAUGUGUAUUGUAAUGUCUUGAUUGGUACCUUCAAAAGACAGUGUUUUGGUUUUGUCAAUGUGGACUAUCAAAGUUUCCUGUCGA